CUUUUAUGCCUAAGACUAAUUCAACUUAAAAGAACUUCUGUUGAGGGGAAUAGAGAAGAUAGAAUCAGCGCUCUGCCAAGAGAUGUUAUAGAUGGUAUUCUUGAGCUCCUGCCUGUAGAAGAAGCGGCAAGAACUAGUAUUUUGUCCAAAGAAUGGCGAUAUAUUUGGGCCACGCUUCCAUAUCUAGUGCUCGAUAAGAAUUUUUGCCUUAAGUUAACAAAAAAGUCUGCUUUCAACUUGAUAGACACAAUAGAUAAGAUUCUGUUACAGCAUACUGGAGACAUAGUGAAGUUUAUCCUUGAUGUUUCAAUGACAUUUUUAUCUCCUUAUCCAGAUAUUGAUAGAUGGAUGCUCUAUGUUACCAGAAAUGGCGUCAAGGAGCUAACUCUUAACAUGUCAAAUAAUACUUCUUAUAAACUGCCUUUUUAUAUAUUUAAUUGUCCAACACUAACACGUUUGAAACUCUUCAACUGUGUCUUCAAACCACCAACCUCUUUUCUAGGCUUUCCCAAUCUUAUAACACUCUAUCUGUCAAAAGUAACCUUUGUGCUAGCCUCAGAGUUUUUUGUUAUCAAGGCCCCCCUUUUUACCAAUUUGACGUUGAAGUACUGUGAUGGCAUUCAACACCUGAAAAUUGUUUCAUCGCAGUUGUUGUCCUUGAUUGUUUGUGAGAGUCACUAUCUUGAGCUAAAUUGCUUUACAAACUGCAAAAAGUUGAAACGGUUAGGACUUGUAGGCAAAGUGGUUGAUAGUGUGAAAUAUGUUGAGAGAUCAACUCUGGAACAGCUUCUUCUUCGCUUGCCUUCACUUGAGGUACUUCAAUUGGAUUCGUAUUUCCUUGAGCUUUUGAGUGCAAACACAGUUCCUAAGGGGCUUCCUUUUACACUCGACUGUGUGCGGAAGCUAACGUUAAGUGUAGACUUUGGCAAAUUGGGUCAGACUUCUUGUGCUCUACAACUAAUUGAUUGUUCCCCCAAUUUGAGUAACCUUGAGAUUCGGAUAAGAAAGGCCAUUACUACUAGCAACAAUGCUGAUGCAGUUUUAAAAUAUGUAGACACACCAGUAUGCUUGGACCGACCGUUAAACAAGCUCAAACAUGCGGUCAUAUGUUCGUUUAUGGGUUCAAAAGAGGAACUGCUUUUCAUAAAGCUAUUGUUUGCUCGUACUCCAUCUUUGGUAAGGAUGAACAUUAAGCAAAAUAGAGCCUUUGAUUCCACAGAAGAAAGAAAUAUCACAACAGAAUUAAUGCGUUUUCCGAGAGCAUCUCCCAAGGCUGAGCUUUUUUAUUUUCCAUGUGUGUCUUAAAUAGUACCACUACCAGCUGACAGUAAGGAUCUCCAGGAUUGGAUUCCUUACUCUUCUCGAUGAGAUGUAUCAUAUAUUUUGAGGGCAUCUGCGUUCUUAUUAUGGGAAAACAUUUAGGAAAAUGCUUCAGUGCUGGCUUCUAGGGAAAAAGACAGCCAAGUAUGUAUAGCUUAUAAAAAGUAAGAGAUUUUUUCUAUGUUUGAUACAAAUAGAACUUCCCUUUGAUUUGGAUUUGCCUUUUGGUGCUGCUUUUCUGCUUUUUGGUAAGCAGAACUUAUCUAUCACGUUGUCUUAGUAAGAUUUGAGAGUUCAUGUUGUCAAAUGUAAAUGCUACUUCUAAUAUCUAAGUGGAGUCAACUUACUGGCUAUCUUUUAUUUUCGUGGAACAAGAGAAAUUAAAUCAUUCUAGA